GUAGAGACGACCAACAUCGUCUUUGCUGAUUGUUUAAACCACAUUACUUAGUUACUGCCGAUGCGAUCAUCGGUUGUAAGGGGAAAUUAAUAAAUUGUAAAUCGUUCUACAAUCUGAUGGCUGCUUCCUUAACUAGCUCUCGCUCGGUUGAUGAAAUUCAUAAUCUUCUUCUUUGCGGUGCUUGUAAUAAAACCAUCAACGAACCGAAGAUUUUGGCUUGCUCUCAUUCAUUCUGCAAAGCCUGUGUUGAGAACUUGACGACACAAGACAAGGAAAACGUUGAUGGCGAAGGCAAGAAGUUGAACUGUCCAACUUGCAGAUCCACAACUACAUUGAAGCCGGACGAAAACGUCGCUGGAUUGCCCAAUCAUGAAUUUAUCCCUAAGCUGCUGACUGCCGUUGGUCCAAAUCGAAAUGAAGAAGCUUCUAUGACUAUGUGCACUAUUUGUCACAAAGAACACGCCAUUACAAUAUGUAUGGAAUGUGAACUGCUCUUGUGCCAAUCCUGUUGCGGUUCUCAUGAUAUAUGGCCGAUAAUGCAAAACCAUAUAUUGCUCUCCAUUAGUGAAAUAAUCAAUCGUGAUGAGCAGCAGAAAAUCGGAGCGGAAGCGUUAAGCUGCACUCAACAUAAAGACGCCAUCCCGAAAUUUUAUUGUGAAACAUGUAAGGAACUGAUUUGCACGAAAUGCGUGGCGUCCGUUCACACGAAACCAGGCCAUACGUGCGUCGCGAUUCACGAAACCUAUCGAAAACAACAAGACGAUGUGAAGUCAAAAUGCGCAAGCAUUGACGCAAUGUUACAAGAAGGAAAUAAGGUGGGUAGACAGUUCUAAUUCAGGGCCGUCCUCGGAGAAUUCUUCAGGGCCGUCCUCAGAGAAUUCUUCAGGGGGAUGUAAGGUCAUUUCAACGGACUGACGAACAGGGCCGCCGAGAGGUUGACGGGAGCUCGGGCGAGAAAAUGUUUUUCGGAGACCAACAAUCCCCCGUCGACAUGUUUUUAGGGAAAAAGACUUUCCGGACGAAUACGUUGCAAAUGCUUUCCAGUGACUUUACCUCAAUUUUUCAGACCAAAAUUCAGAAAUUUACCCAAAAAACCCAAAUAUCUUGCCCUUUGCGCGGAAAUAUUUAACCCAAAUAGCAGUCCUACCGACUGAAUAGCAGUCCUGCCAACUGAAUAAAAUUUCUGGGGGGUGUCACCCCCCCCCCCGUAUCUCCGGCCCUGAGUACUAUACAACGCUAACUUGUGGUGGUGGUUUACUUCAAUUGAUUCUAAAGAAAUACUACAUAGGUUCGUCUCACUCAUAUCGUCCAGUCGGUGGUGAACUUGCAGUUAAGGCAAUUAGGAAAUUGAAAAUCAGACGCGGGCUGAGAAAAUUUCGCGCCUCUCCUCUCUAAUUUUAAGAGAAAACAGAUAUGUAGUAUUGUAUUGAUGGCAAUCAAACAAGGGAGAAUUUAGUUGAAUUUGGACCAAAAUCUUUCUCCUCCGAAGAGGAAGUUGUAAUUUAGGUGGCGUCCAAAUUACUCAAUCUUUUUACUCACAGAAAUUUCGAACUUGAUCACGACAUAACAAAGUAAGAAAUGGCCCGAUGCAUGACGGGAAACGUGUACUAUAUUUCCUUACAUUGACAUGUUCACUCUAUUUAGAGUUCUUGACCAGCUUCGUUCAUCCUCGUUUGAUCCGCGGGCUUAUGUCCCGGUAUGAGAGUUGAUCAGAGCUGCAACUCGCGUUUGACCGCAAACUCUCAUCGGCUCUCAUCAACUUUGAGCUGGACCAGCCGGUUCAAAUUUUGACGACUAUGAACUGGUCAGACGUUUUCGCUAUGCACGCGCGGUAAUAUCCAGUCAACUCUCAUGUAACUCUCAUGCAACUGUUGUUCUCGUCUGACCAGUUCACUGAAAGUUGAGAAAAUUAUCAUGCAAAACUCUCGCUUACCAACUCUCAUACUCAUUUGACUAGAGCUUUAGGCAACCGGGUCGCGCUCAAAUUGGUAUAAUAUCGGCAAUUUUGCAUCUCGAGUACGUUCAUUCGGGAUACAUGAAAAUAGAUUUAUUCAAGAACAUGCAGCUGACAAUAUACAACAGUUUUCGUAUAGCUCUGAAUUCGUCCAGCCUCGUGUACACACGUAGGCGAUAUUUAUUAAUGUUUAGGAUCACUAGAUCAGUGUUACAGUAAAUGAUUAGUUUCUCCUUUCUUCACUUUCUUCAGGCAUUGGAAACUGUCAAUAAUAGCAAGGCAACGUACGAGAAAACUUCGAAAGAUAUCAAAGUGAAACACACCGCUCAGAAAAAUGAAAUGAUGAAAACUGUUGCAGAUUGCAUAAACAAGAUUUUGGAGGACAAAAUUCAAGAAGUUGAUAAAGCUUACGAUCCCGCUUGCCAAAAGCUUUCCGUUCACGCUGAAACGAUAUCAAAUUAUCUGCAAAAAGUUGAAAAGUCACUUCGACGUACAAAUGAUGUGUUGGAAAAUUCGAAGCUUGAAGAAUUGUUGUCAGCGCAGAAAGUUAUCGAUGAUGAUAUUCGAAUGUUACAAAAUGAAAAACCUCAAAAUUUAACAACGUUCCAGGUUCAAGUUGAAAAUCAAGAGUCCUGUACGAAAAAGCUUUGUUUUUAUACGAUGUUCAGUGAAUUAACAGAGAAUAACAGUAAGUAUAUCUUUAUUCACUUUGUAGCAAUACACGAUGGGAUUUGUCGGCAUAUGUUUGUGUAUUCUGGCCUAUGAAAAUUACUGCUGACGCCACAGUUCCUUCUUCACUUACCGGGCGAAUUUUUUUGCGCGUCUUUAUUCGGGCAUGUGCAAAAACCCAGAACGAAACGAAACCACCGAAACCACUGAAACAACCGGAUGCGUUUUGAUUUGUUUUUAAUGUACGUGCAUUUUCCCCACAUUUCCGAGUUUAUCUUUAAGCUGUGGACGAAUUGAUAGAAAGGCAAGGAAAAUUUGAUUUAUAAAGUUAUAAGAAAUAAUUCAUAAGCACUAUGAUUAUUUAUAAAUUUCAAACUCUAUAAUACAAAUCGCCCAAUUUAAUGCGAAUUUUUCCCGCUUCAAUUAAAUUUAAUAAAGUACUAUGAGUAUUUAUUAAUUCUAAACUUUAUAAAACAAAUCGCCCAAUUAUAGUCACAAUACUAGAACCUUCCCGCAUCCACUAUUGUACAUGUAGUGUGUUAUCAUGUACAGAUGUACCCUGUAAACCAGAGGGAUCGUCGCUCUAUUUUUCGCUAUAGCGAAGAGAAUUAGAUUCUGGCGAAAUCAGUUCGCGUUUGCCAAAGCUUAAAAAACCUCUGGGCCAGGGUAGUUAUCAUGCACUAUAUUAACACCAUAUUAAAUUCUGGCCAUUUAAUUGGUUGAUUAUUGAUCACGUUAUAUGGAAUAAAAAUUACCAUUUUGCAAUGAAAUAUAAAUUAUUAUUAAAUAAUUAUUAUACAAUGCAGACAGAGUUGGCAAUGGAACGCAUAUUGCAAUGUAAAAGGAUAUUUGAUUGAUUUAACACUGUAGCAUUUUCACCAAAAUAUUGUACAAGUGAAUUAGAUUGCAAUAUACUACUAGACCUACUACUGCAUUAAUAUAUUUUAGCUUCUACUCCAUUACUUAAAAAAAGUAGACAUAUAUUGCUUUUGGAUCAUUUGAGAUCAUACACAGCAAUUAAAAUUUGACAGGAAUAGUUGUUUUAGUUGUAAUGUCCGCAAAACACUUCAUACUCAUAGGAAUACGUAUUCUAAUCUAUUUUGCUUUCUAGAUGGUCUCUGCACAACCUCGUACCCAGUACGAGGUUGGUCUCUGCAUGGAUGUAAUAUGUAGACCUUAUGCAUAAUGACGUCACAAGGCUUGGUGCCCAAGAGGAAUGCUGGUCUUAGUAGUCAUCGCCCAGGAAAUUUCGAUAGUGGCCAUUUUGAAUUGCUUAAUUUUCCCGGGCGAUGACCACUAAGACCAGCAUUCCUCGCGGGCAUCAAGCCUUGUGACGUCAUUACGCAUAUAGGCCGUUGGAUGAGGGUCGAAAAUGUUCAAUUCCGUAGCACCCCUCGUGUAACUACAUAAUUUUUACAUGAAUCUAUAGAUUAUAACUUACUUAGUUAGAAUCCACUUCCCCCCAAGCGAAAUAGUUGCACAAAUUGAAGUAUAAGCUCUUCAAAGUUCACGCUUCCUCGUGUUUCGGAAUCCAUGAACCGCCAUUGUUGUGUUGCAAAUACGCAUGCGCUUGAGCACAAAACACGUAAUGCGCACGCGCAGAUAAGAAAAACUGAUCUCAAUCUAGGACUGGACAAGAAAAAAUUAUGAAAUGUGCGAAAACAGGGCUGAAGUAAAACAAGAUGACAUCGGAAUAUUUUAAAAAUAUAUGAUAUUUUUAUGUUCUGUGCAUUUUACCAAACAUUCUGAGCAACGUGUGUGUUUACCAAACAUUCUGAGCAAUGUACCGUAUCGAGCCCUCGCCAGGAACACUUCCAAGCCAACAUUACAAUAACAACUUAUGUAAAAUAUUAAUUAAAAUAUGAUGUUAUUUUAUUCUACAGCAAUUAAAUAACGUUUGCAAGCAAAUUUGUUUUUCAGGCUUUAAAUAUUAUCACAAUCCUAAACAUUCAGGGCCGUACACAGCAGGGGGAGGCAAUAUCAUUAUUAAUUAUUCAUUGGAUAUUUGUGACGUUUUUCGGCAUAUAGGCCUUACUGCCCCCAGCUGAUGAAAACAUUCUGCGUACGGUCCUGUAAACGUUCUAGAACUCAUACCGUAAUUUAUCAUUUAUUUUUUUUUGGGGGGGGGGGAAGGAGGGAGGUAUUUCUAAUAUACACAAAGAAUCUGUUUGCACGUUUUAUUCUCUUUAAAUAUGCAACAUCGAGUACUGUGAUUUUCCGUAAAAUAUCAUAAUUAUCUUUCAAGUUUCAAAUACAAUUUCACUCCACGAUUUUAUACAUUAAUUGCUUACAGGAGAGGGCCGGGGAAGAAGUGGUGCUAAACAAAGAAAUGACUAUAUACCAUAAACUAAGUAUUACUCGGUAUUCACAAUCUUAUUUAUUCUCUAAAUCUUUUCCCGUCAAUUAAUUUUAUUAGUCCGGGUAAUGGUUGUUUAUUGGCUUUGCGUCUAAUCCAUUAUUAAGCCAAAGAACGGAGGUUAACUCUUUGCCUCAAGGGCCAACGUACCAAUUCUGAGUUACGCUGACUGGAACCUCAUUACGACUCUGUUUUUGUACCAACCAAUCUUCAAACACUCGUAUUUCGUUGUUCAUGUACGCCUUUAGCGUAGCCAUGUUGGGACUCGGGGGACCCGCCCCCCCCCCUGGUAAAAUUUUGGUGCCCCCUGAGAAUAUUUAUUCUAUAAAAAGAAGUGAAACAUAGCCCACCUACGUUUUUGCUGCCCCCUGACCAAAAAUCCUGCAUGGCUACGUUUCUGGACAUUUUGGAGAGAAGUGAUGUUUUGAUAAAGAGAAAACUACUCAGUCUGAGUCAGGUAAUCUGUUGGUCUUGUUCCGAUUUGCGUCUUAAUGCUGUUGGAUAGCAUAUUUAAAUUUACUUGAGUGAGAACGGACAGUGUGUUAUGGAAAUUUAAAGCUGUUAAUGCUAAAUAGAUAAGACAAAAACUCCCUUUCUCUUGGUAUGCGCGCGUCGUAUGCGCAAGUUAUUAUAAUUAGAUUGCAAACGUCACGCCAUUAAUGCUGUUGCAUAACAAUACCUCCUAAAAUCUACUAAGCUAUUUCCUUCUCCUUUGUUUUUUUUGAUAAACUGAUCACGAUGAUUGCACAAAUAUACUGAAUUGGCGAAAAGGCGUUCGUGAUAAAGGCGUGCAUGAUCAACAACGUAACACGAGUGUUUGAACACGAAAUUGGUUGGUACAAAAACCGAGUGCGUAAUGAAGUUCCAGUCAGCGUAGAGCCUGAACCUCCGUUCAUUCUUAUUAAUAAUGGAUUAAAUGCAAAAGAAAUAAUAAACAACGAACCUGGACUAAUAAAAUUGACAGGGAAAGAUUUAGAAAAUAAAUAAGAUUGUGAGCACCGAGUAACACUCAGUCAUAUUUAGGGAGUGGUCAUUAUUUAUGGGGAGGGGGGGUUGGGAAAUGGGAGGGGGGCAAACGAAGUUUUACCCUUAUAAAUAGGGGGCGGUCAAAAAAGUUUUAACACAGAGAAAGGGGGGGUCAUAAAAGUUUUUGAACUUAAAUACCAUGUCUAGAGUUCUGAUUUCUAUAAUCACAAAUAGCAAAAAAGAAGACUCUGAAAAUGCUAUUUCCAACGAUCUAGAGACUCAAAAUUUUCAAAAUUACUGCUCAGCGCCAACCAUGGUAGCGCCUCGCGAUCGUGGGAGUUGGGCCCACUAAGUUUAACAAGCUUUCUACCCCCUGAGUGACCCAGUUGUGGUAUUUACAUAAACAUACCAUGCAAGUACACUUAACUGAUCAGAUUCGGUCUAUCAACGCACAAUGUAACGCUGUAUAUCCAAAAAUCUGUUUCAGAAAAUGCUCACAUUUCAGUUCUAGGGGUGGAAAAAUACAAAAAAUUUUCUGGGGGAGAAUACCCCCAGACCCCCUUACUACUACAUACGAUACCACACCAAACUUUUUGUCACCAACAACCAUCUGUCGUCUCUACACACUCAAUAUAGUAUGGUCCCUUUUUGUAGAUGCCCACCCCCCAGACAAGUUCUUAAAAUCUCAUUUCGCUGUAUGAAGACGGGUCAUGGGUUAGCGUUAUGGUAGGACAAAUGUUGCAUUGCAAAGUAGUAACACAUGAUAUAUAUUUUUUAAUCAUAUAUGGUUGAAUCAUAUUCACCAGGGGCCGGUUGUUCAAAGCUGGGUUAGCUUAACCCUAGGUUAACCUAAAAUUCAAAGCAAACUUCCUGACAGCUUGUCUAUAAAUUUGGAAAUAUUUCUUCAGAAAUCUUGUCUGGAUGGAUAGGAGUUUACUUGUCUGAAGUUUUGAAAUAAACAGACGUGCAGAAAUACACAAACUAAAACAGCAGGUUAAACUUUUAACCCAGGUUUAGCGCUAACCCACCUUUGAACAAACGGCCCCAGGGUAAAACAUCAUGAGCUAGAUUGAACAGAUUGUCCUAAUAUCUAACUUUACCUGCAAUGCACACCUGUUUCAUUGCUGUUAAUUUUUCAAUCUACACUUGGGGGGGGGGGCGUCAGAAAAGUUUCUACUUUUAUGAGGGGGGAGGCACAAAAAGUUUGCCUUCAGUCUGGAGGGGGGGGGACAAAAAAGUUUUCAAUCCUUAUUUUCCCCAUUUCCCAACUCCCCCCUCCCCAUAAAUAAUGACCACUCCCUUAUGGUAUAUCGUAAUUUCUCUGUUUAGCACCCCCCACCCCUACUCCCCACCCCUUUCUCCUGCAACCAAUUAAUUAAUGUAUAAAAUCGUGAAACAUGAAAGUAUUGUAUUUGAAAGAUAAUUAUGAUAUUUUACUGAUAAUCACAGUACCCGAUGUUGCAUAUAUAAAGAGAAUCAAACGUGCAAAACAGUUAGAAUUAAACCCCCCUCCCCCCUUCUAAAUUGGAUAGCGAAAUUAUGGUAUGCAUGUUUUAGAAUAUUUAGGAUUGUCAUUAUUUAAAGCCUGAAAAACAGAUUCGCUUGCAAACGUUAUGCAAUUGCUGUAGUAUAAAAUAACAUCAUAUUUUAAAUAAGUUAUUAUUGUAAUGUUGGCUUGGAAGUGUUCCUGGCGAGGGCUCGAUACGGUACAUUGCUCAGAAUGUUUGGUAAACCCCAUUAAAAUGCACAGAACAUAAAAAUAUCAUAUAUUUUUAAAAUAUUCCGAUGUCAUCUUGUUUUACUUCAGCCCUGUUUUCGCACAUUUCAUAAUUUUUUCUUGUCCAGUCCUAGAUUGAGAUCAGUUUUUCUUAUCUGCGCGUGCGCAUUACGUGUUUUGUGCUCAAGCGCAUGCGUAUUUGCAACACAACAAUGGCGGUUCAUGGAUUCCGAAACACGAGGAAGCGUGAACUUCGAAGAGCUUAUACUUCAAUUUGUGCAACUAUUUCGCUUGGGGGGAAGUGGAUUCUAACUAAGUAAGUUAUAAUCUAUAGAUUCAUGUAAAAAUUAUGUAGUUACACGAGGGGUGCUACGGAAUCUGUUUUCUAAGCAUAUUUUCGACCCUCAUCUCACGGCCUAAUAAGGUCUAUUCACUCACAUAUUUGAUUUAAAUCAAUUACAUGCUUGGUUAUCUGUGUUCCAUUCUAUAUGCUUCAUACGUUUAAGAACAGUGCCUGUCAGUGGUAACUAUAAGCACGCGAUUUAUUCGAAAAUUUAUAUUGGGUAUAGAAAACGGCAUACACUGGAAAAAAUUUUGAAAAUCCAUAGAAGGCCAUAUCCAUAAUAAUUGUAUAUUUCCAUAGUAUGGAUAUAGUGUCGAAAUAGUAUGGAUAUACUAUGGAUUUAGUGGUGCAAUUGCAAAUUUCAUAGUAUGGAUUUCACUUUUUUUUCCCAGUGAUAAGUACCGACAAAAAUAGUUUGUCAUUUUUUCCUCUUUAAUAAAAAUAGAAACACCCAAAUUCAAAUAAGCUGCAACCGUAUUAAAUAUCAAGUGAAUUUUUCAAUUUUUAAAUAAUUUAAAAACUCUAUGGAUAUUUUAAGCACAUGUGAGGGAGGACACAAUUUAACAAUACGAGUUGAAAACAUUUUUUAAAACAAUUUUAUUGUCAGUUUCUGUAGCUUUAUUGUUACCAGAUACAGUAAUCCUGAAAAAUGAAGAGGAACUCGGUGGACAUUUGCUGUGUUUCCUUAACAGCAGAAGUUCGCCAUUGAAGCUUUGUUACAGAGCAUCUGCACAUGGUUGGUCAAAUCAAAAUUUCCACACUCGGUGUGAUGAUAAAGCAGGAACAGUAGUUUUGGUCAAGGUUGGAAACUGGAUCUUUGGAGGAUACACUGAUCAAACUUGGCAGGGUAAGAAUUAUUAUUUCACAAAUUUUAUCCCCUUGAUAUAGUUAUAGUUUGCGCUCUUUUCACAUUCGUGCAUGGAAACUUUUAUUUUUAACAUAAUAUUUGAAUAAUAACAGAAUACACACGCAUGCAUGGGUAUCGAAUUUACAUGUGGCUUCUACUAUACAAUUGGGGUGGGUUGUGCGAAGGCCGGAUAGCGCUAUCCACCGGAUAUAGUGAUUUUUUCAACCGUUGUAAAAAUGCUUGAAAAGUGGUAAAACUGAUUAUGGAUCCCACAAUUAAUAAAAGGAAACUUUAUUUUUUAUAUACUAAAGUUAAAUCUGGGUUAUAUAUGUCAACGAACAAUUCAAGAAAGCUUGAAAAAUCACUAUCCAGCUUUCGUUCAACCGGCCACUGGAAUAUUACUAUUCCAUCUGAAGAGCCACUAUUCCUCUUUAUGUUCCCGAUUCACAGGCUAAUGUGUCUGACUGCAAACACAGCAAACAAUUCUGUUGUUAUCAAGGUUUUAUCUAUACACCAAGACUCCAUCAAAUGCGUUGCUCUGUUAGGCAUUAUUGCACCAUUACUCUAACCGUAAAGUCAAGGGUUGAUGGCCCAAUCUUUCAUGCAGCAAAUUUAAAUAAACGCAGCAAAACAGAAUAUAGGUAAGCGAGCGAACCUCAAAUACAAAAUUAACAAAAAAAAUAAUCUUCAGUAACCUACUGUACUGACAGGAAUUGAUACCAAACACAGUUUUUUCUAUUAUACAAACGGAAUACCAAGAUCAUGAAGUUUCUACUGUUAAGUGUUGUGUCAGGCAUUUUACUAUAUAUUGAAUAGUGGAAUGGCGGCGUAAAUUUCGACCUCUGCAUACGCUAUCGAAAACACGCUACUGAUUUUUUCAACCUUUCUAAAAUUGUUCGUUGAUAACCCGGAUUAAACUUUAGUAUUUAGAAAUUAAAGUUUCGUUUUAUCAAUUGUGAGCUCCAUAUCCGUAGUUUUAUCACUUCUCAAGCAAUUUUACAACGCUUGAAAAAAUCACUAUCCAGUGGACAGCGCUAUCCGGCCUUCGUAGAACCGACCCCAGUUCUUGUUUUUCUGUGCUGCUGUAGUGAUGAAAUCUGGAAAAAAAUCUUUAUUUCGUUUGCUGUCAGUGCGAUAUUUUUGCUGCCUUUCUUCCUAUUGCCAUGAUCACGAUCAAGUUAAGAUUUAUAACCGUUACUUUCGUAGGAUGUUUAUCAUGUAUAACAGGUUUAGGUUGUUGUUAAUUUGCUCAUUUUAUUCUUCUCCUAGGUUCAGGUGGGUACAAAAGUUCCAACGCAUCAUUUUUGUUCUCAUUACGAAACCCAAACAACAUGCAACCGUUCAAAUGUCCAAUCAUUAACGGUAAAAAUGGCAACGCAAUCGUGUGUUAUCCUUCUUAUGGAGCAAUAUUUGGUGGAGGUAAUGAUCUGAUCAUCAGUGACAAUGCCAACAGCAACCAAAACUCAUAUAGCAACCUUGGCCACACAUAUCAACCUCCAACAGGGUAUCAAUAUGGCACCCAACAAACCCAGUCGUUGUUUAAUGGUAGCAAAAACUUCACACCGACAGAAAUAGAAGUAUUUUACUGAAUAAUUACAACAUUCUGCGAAAACAUGAAUUCUAAAAUUGUUACAAUCCUCUGAAAAAUUCAUUAUCGCGAAUAUCGCACAUUUUUCACAAUGUUUGAUAAGUUUUAUCAUCGAGGUACAGAUAUUAAAAAAACUAGUAGUCUAUGA